AUGCUCCCCAACUACAACAACCACUGGCAAGAAGCCAGAAAUAGAAACACUAAUCGUCAACCAAACCAAUAUCACGUACCCUACAACGGCCUUGUCUUCCAUCGACCUCUACCACCUACCACCAACCCAUCCAGCUAUAUCCCACCCCAUCGCCGACCUACCUACAACACCUACCAAUCAAGAGGUAACCAUCGACCUGACCAACAACAGAAACGACUACCAGCCCACCGACGCCAACCAGUCCCCACUCAUAAGGAGGAAGAACCUUUUGUGAAGGUGUUCUUCCAAGUUUUGCAGUGCCUCCAUCAUUUGGCAAUCCUUACCCUUCAACAGCAAGGCCAACCAGCCUUUACCUUCAAACGCAAAGUCUCUGAGUUGGAUAGUUUUAUCCGUCCAGCAAUGAAAACAUCAGCUGUCGACGCGAAUAUUAGAUCCCUCAAUCGGACAUGGCUCUGUAAGGUUACGCAGGUCCUGAUCGACCAUUACCAAACCACACUUCAAGAGAAGCUGACCACCAUUCGUACCAUGUCUUUAUCAUCACCUGCCGUCGACCGCAUCGUUUCUCAUGCCCUGUCCUGGGCCCGUCGCUCCUAUGGGAAACGUCUCACUCAAGCUGUAAUCUCCAAAUUCUACCAAACAAUCAACGAAACAAAAACCAGAGUAACCAUAUCUCUACCAACUGAAAUGGACACUACACCUGCACCAUCUAGAGCCACCACGCUGCCGAACCAAACCCCUAAACGAGCCCGAAGUUCACCUACUCCUAGUCCAGCAGACAUAGGUAAACGCUCUUGUAGAGAGGGCACACCCCUUCUCUUUUCACUUUCAGACUCGUCUUCCCCUUCCACACCAUCUGCAUCUUCACCACGUGAUCCAAGAUCCGCCAACCUUUCUUCCUUCUGUGCGUUUUUGGACCAGCAAACCACCCCUCAGUCUCCAUCCAAGUCGAGACGUGUAUCCAGACCUUCCCCUCCUCGAACCAGAUCCCAGUCCGUUCCCAAUGCUACAAUUGUUUUGCCGACCUCUGCAGCUCUGUUUGCAGAGAGGUCCUGCUGA